AUGUCCCAGGAUUUAUGCUCCAUCUGUCUUGAGAAUCCUGUGAAAUACACCUGCCCUGCUUGUAAAGCACAGACCUGCUCGGCGACUUGCGUUAAGCGUCACAAACUACGUUCUGAGUGUAGUGGCUUACCUGAUCCAACCAAGUUCGUUCCCAACAAAGACUUGGAGGCCAACAGUGCCUUGGUGAAUAGAGAUUACAACUAUUUAUUGACGCUAGAGCGGAAAAUUUCAUUGGCGAAGCAGGAUGUUAAGGAUGGCGCUAAAAAUGUCUUCAAGCGUAAUGUGAAUACCAACAAGAACAAACGCCCGCGUCUAAAUACUCAAGAAGAGGAAGUCAAAGAUAAACGUCUUGAACUAGUCCACAAAGUGUUUCCUCAUGAACCGGCACAUUCUAUACGUCGUCAAAACACAUUAAUUAUUCAUCUCCCUGCUGGCAUGUCCAGAGCCACCCAGAACAAAUCCGGUUACGACAAGAAGUCUGGCACCUAUACAUGGACAGUAGACUGGAUUCCUGUUGAUCUGAAUGGAAACGUCAUGAGUGAGUUCACUAGUUUUAGACUCAAAGAGAAUCAACUGUUGAAAGAACUUGUGCCAAUGACAGUGUUGACAAAAUUAUUUGCGCCCGCAGAAAUAGAAUUGCUGGAAUUUUCGUUUUACCUUGAAAACUGCCUCAAACCACAUGACCUUAAGAGGUCUCUCAUUGCAUUAGAUAUCGAGAAAACGCUAGCGGAUAAUUUGGCUGACAAAGUUGUCUUGGAGUACGCAAGAAUAUGCGUUGUGCAUAGUCCCUCUAUUUGGGCCGAAUUUGUACAAACAGAGAAAGAAAUAUUUGGUCACAAUGAGGAUUCAGAAACCAAUGAUUCUUCGUCCGAUAGCGAAAGUGAUCUGUCCUCCGAUGAUUCUGACGAUUCAACAUCCCUGGAACUGGACUCUGACGACGAGCCAGAAGAGGCUUCAUCAAAAUUAGUCGAAGAAGGGGAAACAGUGACCACGAAUACUGUAGCAUCUGUGACUGACACUCCAACUGAAAAGAACACACAAGACAAAAUGACUGACCAACAACCGAAAAAUUCAGAAGAAAAUGGAUUGGCUACGACUCUACAAGGGUACGUCUCUGCUUGA